UGAUUGCAAGAAAAAAGGAAAUAUUGGGAAAAAUAUGCUUGAAUAAAAAUUACAAUAAAAUGAAACUACAACAGUGAAGAACAAUCCACUGUGAAUACCUGUCACGGUCAUUUGUUCUGUAAAUUUUGUUAUAAAGUGUCUCAAGUUUGAAAGGAGUUGCACAAUGGACGUCCUUAGUCUGGCCUUUAAAAAUAAAAAAAAAUCUCAAUGAUAAUUGUAUCAUUGACUUUUGUUUAUUUUUAAACGCCAUUGUCCAUCUUGGUGACUAAGGGGGUCAUUUCAGGACAGUGUCUAUCACUGUGGUUUUCUUUUACUUGAUUUUUUUUGGUAUUUUGGCUUUUUCUGGUCGGCUUUUCUGUCAAUAUGGUGAUAUCCACCAAUAAGGUUUCUUAUUUAUAUAAACCUUUCUUUAAUGUUUAUGCAGUAUUUAUAAAAUUUUAUCUUGCUAGUAGUACUGCUUCAGUAUCAUCAUUAACAGAUAGACGUCCACUGCUGGACAUAGACCUCUUAUAGCAACUCGAGCCGCGAGCAUUGAGAUGCUCCCUGCAACCUGUUUGAUGUCCUUGCUCGACCAUCACUGCUUUCCGGUGCAGGGUCACCAUUCCAGUACUGCUUAGUCCUUGUAAAUUUGGUUAUUCCAAAAAUCUUCUAAAAUAUCUGUUACUGUAGAGGAGGACCAAAAGCUAUUGUUAUGCUCGAGUUGUUGUUGUUAUCAGAGAAAAGAGUUUAUUCUUUAAAUGAAAAUUCAGCUUUGAUUGACAAAGGUUUCAAUUGAAUGAAUUUGAUUGACACUAGAUGUGUUCUGAUUGUUGGUUGUCCAUACUUAAUUCUGUAUGAAAAAAAUUAAAUAUAUACAAAAUCAUCCCUGAUGUAAUGUUGCCACUUGAGCUUUGUGUUUCAUUUGAGCUAUGUUUGUUAUUGUGGUUCUUCUGUGAACCUAAUCCAUCAAUAUUGUAAUAAGUACUACAUCAACCAAUAAGAACGGUUUAUCCUUUUAAAUCUAUCAACCUUUCUUAUAUGUUGAUGCAGUAUCAAGUGAUAGGUUUGUCAACAAACCUAGUUGGUUUUGUAAGUUUAAUCAGCAAGCAGGAGAACUAUUUAGUUGUGUAUUUUAAUUGUAUUUUGUUAUAAAAUUGAAAAUAAUCCAUUUGUCAUUAAUUAAAAUACUAAAGAAAUAUUUUCCACAAGAAAUCUCCAAUCAAAAACGCCUUAAAGAGAAUCUGAACUUUGAGCAGAAUGGUCAUUGGUCAUUAGGUACCUGCAUUUUAAUACAGCUUAGUCCACAUUUGAAAUGGCGGCCAAAGACUUACUUAAUUCUUUAUGGAAAAAAAAAUCAAAAAUUCACACAAACAAUCCCUGAAGUGAUGUUACCACUUGAGCUUUGUAGCCCAUUUGAGCUAUGUUUGUAAUUGUAGUUCUUCUGUGGAUCUAAUCCAUUAAUAUCAUAAUAAUUACUAAUAUCAUUAUAAUUACUACAUCAACCAAUAAGAAUGGUUUAUCCUUUUAAAUCUAUAAACCUUUCUUAUAUGUUGAUGCAGUAUUAAAAGAUAAUUUAAUUUUAUUUGAAAUUUCAAUUAUCAAAUUUGAUUUUGACACAAAGCGUGUGUCACAAUAUGAAUUCAAGCAUUGUUCUUAUAGUCCAAGAUCCCAGAGCGAUCUGACAUAACUUAUUUUCAAAUAGAUAAAACCUUAGGUUCUCAGUAGUAGAGGUGAGUCGUACUCGCUAAAACGCGUACUGAGUAUUACGAGUACGAGUACGCCGAGAGACGCGCUCCAAAGACUAGCUCCACGAGUAUUUAGAAGUACGAGCCAUUAGGACCUAUAGAAUAGAUACGUACUCCUAAGUACUCAGUGGCCAGCGAUUUUACAUCAUAUUAUCUGAUAGUAAGCGUACAUUAAUUUCAACCGAGUUCUACACAGUCAUUUGGACUAGUGGUAUGUACGCAAGGUACGAUAAACUAAGAAUCCUGAGUUCGAUCCCGGGUAACAGAAAAUCAUUUUUGUCUUUUUAUUUUGUUUUUCUUAAUUGUUUUCUUCAACUAUUUUUGGUUUUUGUAAUCCACAAAAAAAAAAAAAUUUGCAAGAAAAAAUAUUUCAGUCAUUAAUUUCAAAAUUUCAAUUUAAUUUUAUUAUUUAGUUAUUUCUUUUAAUAUUACCUCAUGAUACUGUCGGGUUACAUUAACUUGUUACUUUAGCGGAUAAAUAAUCAUACUAAAACAAUAAAUGAUCACAUUAUGUUUUUAAAAUAAGGAUUAAAAUCAGGGACUCACUCACGCAUGCUUCAGUACGAUGUUUGGAGUAUUAAGUGUAUACUGCGUUAAAAAAUCGGUCUUAUGUUUGAUACAGUAAAGACAAUUUUUCAUCGGCAAUGGGACGUCACUCACACAUUCUUAAACGAACGCGUCCGGGAACGCGUCUCGCGAUGUUUUGUCUGUUGGAGUAUGAAGUGUUUAUUGCGUUGAAAAACCGGUCUUAUGUCUAGACAACAAAGUCUAUUUUCUUUCGGCAUUGAUAGAAGUCUCUCACUCACACAUUACUAAUCGAACGCGUCUCUGAACACGUCCCGUAUUGGUUGGACCGUUAGAGUAUUUGCGAGUAUUGGACUCGCACUCUGUUGACGUCUUGCGCUCCUCGGUACUCGGUACUUCUAAAUACGCUUAAUACGUGUAUAAGUCCCUGCUCCGUACUCGUACGCCAUACGUCUUCCAACAAACCUAGUGUUAAGACCUGCUCCAGUAUAUACGCCUCACCUCUACUCAGUAGUGUCUCAUGCGCUUUGAAUACCUGUGAGUUUAUGGAGCUCGGUAGCAAAUGAGAUCCGGCGAUCUCACUUGCUGGCCGCCGGCAAGGUCCAUAUCGGCCAAACCACCGCUGACCAUUUCUGUGAGGCGCUCUUUGGCACUUAACACAGAAUGCGCAGGUGCUCCAUCCAACUGAUAGCUUUCGUUGGACAUCCAGGCGUAAUUCGUCGGUAUAUUCCGAUAUUGGGCCAUUAAGGAGAUUAAGUUCCUUCCUAAUUUAAUCCCUAUGAAUCCCAGCCCCGACGUUGAGGGAGAAACUAUAUUAGUGUGAAGAUUCUCGAAAAAAAUGUGGAUUAUCCUGGCUCUAGUUGUUCGCGUUCGGGUUUUGCUAGGAAAGGAAAAAUAGAGAGGACUUAGGGCUUGUACACAAAACUGCGAUGCGACGCGAUGCGAAUUCGCAACGCAAAAAAUUACGACACGAAUUGCUGCGAUGCGAUUUCGUGCGGCAAGGCGUCUCUCAGGGCGACCAUUUCUUCGACGACCGUUAACCGUACUAAACGUAUUUUAAAUUGAAAACAGGUCGUGACAUGGAUCGUAAAAAGAAGUGUGCACUUUUAUUAUUGCUUAGGAGAUACAGGAAAAAGAAACAAAGAAGAUUUUGGGUUCAUCCAUUUAUUACUAUUAUGAAUCCCGUUGGAAACUAUUUUCUUCUAAAAUAUAAAGCUUUGAAAACCGACGAAAAAAAAUUUUUCGAGUAUUUUAGAAUGAGCAUAUUUUCAUUCGAAGAGCUUUUAAGUUUAUUAUCACCAUAUCUUCAGAAACAAUCGUACAAGGGGAGAAUUCCUGUUAUGCCUCUGGAAAUGAUUGGCCUCACUAUCCGAUUCCUAGCGACCGGAAAUGAAAUCAGAAAUAUACAUUUAGAUUAUUAUCGAGGAAUAAGUACAGUUGCUAAGAUAAUACGAGUAGUUUGUAAUGCAAUAUGGAAAUUUUGUUUAAAUGCAAACAUACCAAAAAUAACACAACAGCUGUUUGAAGAAAUAGCUGCGGACUUUAACAAGAAAGCCAACUUCCCUAACUGUAUUGGAGCCGUUGAUGGGAAACAUAUUCGUGUUCGUAGUCCCCCAAAAAGUGGAUCACUUUUUUUUAAUUACAAGGGCUACAAUUCAAUAGUUUUGUUGGCUAUUGUGGACUCGAAAUACAGAUUCAUCUAUGUGGACAUAGGCGCAUAUGGAAAGGAAAGUGACUCCACUAUUUUCCACAACACGAAACUGUACGACUUACUGAUGAGAGGUGAUUUGCCUACACCAACAUCAAGGCCGUUACCGGGCUUUCAAGAACCGGUUCCUUUUGUUUUUGUCGGAGACGAAGCUUUUUCUAUUUCGAAUAAUGUCAUGCGUCCUUAUUCUGGCAAGCAUUUGUUUGUUAAACAAAGAGUAUUCAACUACCGUUUGAGUAGGGCAAGAAGAUAUGUCGAGUGUACUUUCGGCAUACUGGCCAAUAAGUGGCGAAUAUUUCACCGGCCCAUUAACGUUUCAUAUGAUUUUGCAAUAGAUAUUGUUAAGGCUUGUUGCAUACUACAUAACUUUGUAAUUAACCGUGAUGAAUUAGACACCCCUAUUGAAAUGAUCAUAGAUAAUUCCGAACUACAACCACUUCAACAAGGGUUGAAUGUAGGUAGUCAGGUGGUAAGUGCAAAUAUAAUUAGAAACGAAUAUUCGGAUUACUUUACUAGUGAAGUUGGAGCAUUAAGCUGGCAACUAAAACUAAUUUAAGAAUAUACAAUGCGGCUUGCAUUGUUGCUCGCGUUCUAGGUAAUAAGUCAAUACAACAGGUACAAAAGGAUCACAUCGUAAAACAUUAAAGUAGCUCGCUGUCGACGCCUAAACAUUUGUAAACAAUUUAAAGAAUAUUUUUUGUGCUUAUAUGAAUAGAAUGUUUGAUUUGUAGGUAGUUUUAGUAAAAAGUAAAAAGAAGUUUUACUUAAUAAAUGUAUUUGUGUACUUACCAAG